CGCUUCCCAUAACUCUCACUGGCCACUUGAUUUGACAUUCACCUAGUACGCAACUGGAACGUCUCGACAAACACCACUCGAAGAUGUCCGCGGCCGCUCGUCCCGUAGUUUCGGUUUUCGCCCACGAUGGCAACACUGUUGCCGGCACUGUGAAGUUGCCUGGUGUCUUCACGGCUCCCAUCCGUGCGGAUGUCGUCAGGAUCACCCACACCAACAUGAACAAGAACAAGCGUCAGGCUUACGCCGUCAGCGUCAAGGCUGGUCACCAAACCUCUGCUGAAUCUUGGGGUACUGGUCGUGCCGUUGCUCGUAUCCCCCGUGUCAGCGGUGGUGGUACACACCGUGCCGGUCAGGCCGCUUUCGGUAACAUGUGCCGUGGUGGUCGUAUGUUCGCGCCUACCAAGACCUGGAGGAAGUGGCACGUCAAGACCAACCAGAACCAGAAGCGUUACGCUACCGCGUCCGCCAUCGCUGCUUCUGCUCUUCCCAGCUUGGUCCUUGCCCGUGGUCACAAAAUCGAGAAGGUCAACGAGGUCCCCCUUGUUAUCAACAACGCCGUUGAGUCCAUCAAGAAGACUAAGGAGGCCGUCGCUAUCCUCAAGGCUGUCCAGGCCUACACCGAUGUCGAGAAGGUCAUCAACUCCAAGAAGCUCCGUGCUGGCGUUGGAAAGAUGAGGAACCGUCGCCACAGGCAAAGGCGUGGCCCCCUGGUUAUCUACAACCAGGAUGCCGGUAUCGUCAAGGCUUUCCGCAACAUCCCUGGUGUGGAACUCGCCAGCGUCGACUCCCUCAACCUUCUCCAGCUCGCUCCCGGUGGUCACGUUGGUCGUUUCGUCAUCUGGACUCAGGCUGCUUUCGAGAAGCUCGACGCUCUUUUCGGCGACUCCACCAAGGCCUCGGAGUUGAAGAAGAACUACAACCUCCCCUUCCCCGUCAUCUCCCAACCCGACCUUCCCCGUAUCAUCAACUCCGAUGAAAUCCAAGCCGUCGUCCGCGUUGCUGGUGCCCCCACGCAGAAGCGUCCUUUCGCUCAGCGUAAGAACCCUCUCCGCAACACCGGUGUUCUGAUCCGCCUGAACCCCUACGCUCAGACUCUCCGCCGUCGUGAGUUGCUGGCUGAGGAGGCACGGAAGGAGGGCAAGAAGGGUCGUGACGCCAAGGUUGCCGCCAAGCGUGGUCUUAACAAGGAGUACAAGGCCGCUCUCUUGAGCCACGAUACCGCUUAGAUUGUAAUACUCUGAAUUUGGAAUACAAUCUGUUCUCUGCGUAAUGUAUAUAUAUUCAUGCUCCCAUUGUCGCAUCGGCGGGGAUUGACACUGGCGGAAAGAACUAGCAGGAUAAGAUUUGCAUCGGUUUUCAGGUACCGGACAGGUCCAAACGGAAAAGGGGUAGAGGAAUAUGAAGACCGUUGCACAUAGCGAGUCGAACCUGG